ACACAACUUCUGAACCAACCUUCAAGGACUUCUGCGCCAGCCUUCGUCGGGUGUGGACGGCUCUCUCUCGCCUGAGUAUCGGUGACAAAUUUUCCCCGUUCUCUCUGGGACGCUUGUCCUCAUCUAUUUUGGCCGCCGGGCGCUCGACAGGAGGGGCACCUGUUCAUCGGCUUUUAGCUAGCUCCAUUUUUUUUCCUCUCUGCGGAAAAUUCUUUAAAGGUCUUUGGUGGGAAGUCGGUUACUGAGCCAGGUGGGAGUGUAGGCGUCCCUCUCUGCUGGGGCUUGGCAAGGGGGUCCACCGGAUCUAAUUGGAAACUUCAAGUUUCUAUCUCUAUUUACAAAGGAUCUUUUGUUCCUUUUCUUUCAUCGCCCAGCCUUGGGCAACAAAUUUUCCUGGUACCAUCGAGAAACCGUACUCGAUACGGCUUAUGCUGUCAGUGGCCCUGAUAAACCCAACAAAGAAGAAGAAAGACGCCAGCCGUCCAGUGUGAAUGUCUCGCUCUCGCCUGAGCAUAGUAAGUUUAUUCAGUAUUUUAACCUGGCAAAGACGAGAGAAGCAUUAGGAUGCUGAUUUCUGCAAGCAGUUGCAGCAACAAUAGACAUCACUGAACCAUCACAAUUAAUCAUUCCACAUCACUGCUAGUGCAGUCAUUGGGAGGAAAAGAAACCAAACUGCAAGUGAAAUGAAUUGGCUUGUUCAGGUACCACGUGCAAUCCUCAAGCCAGGUUGCCAUUUCUAUGCUCCCUCUCUCAUCCAAGCAUCUCGGUACUUCACUACCAAUGUCACACUCCCACCAGAUAUCGACUUUCAAGAACUGAAACAAAAAGUAGAGGACAAUAAGUUGCUCCUGAUUGACGUUCGUACUCCUGAUGAGCUAAUCUUAAAUGGAAGAAUUCCUAAAUCCAAGAAUUUAGUGUUGCAAAUGUUAGGCGUUAAGCUCCUCCUUCCUGAAGAGGAAUUUGCCUCACAGCUUGGGUUUGACAAACCAAAAUUGGCUGAACCUAUUGUUGUCAGUUGUUUGGGUGGUAUCCGUGCUAGAACCGCUCAGUUGGCAAUGAUGGGAGUUGGCUACAAGAAUGUUAGGGUAUAUGUUGGAUCAUAUGAAGAUUGGCUGGAGAAGGGAGGGCCAGUGGAAUACCCUCAGUCAGAAACCCAGGAAGAAUGAAGUGUUCCUCUUCAAUUGAUGACCUUAGUACAGUGUAUUGGGGAAACAAACUGGAUAGGUAAUUGUAUAAUUUUUCCUACUUACAGUAUGUUAAAAAUAGUGAUAAAAUAUUUAUUUUAUAUACUGGUAUUUCAAGUAAAAGCUCCUUUCACAGGUUGUUGCAAAUACAUUAUACUGGCUAUAGACUCCAGUAUUACAGUGUUGCAGUUUGGUAUUACUGUAGUUAAUGAUUGUAAGUAUAUCUUUAAUAAAAAAUACAGACA